AUGUCUCUUCGCUCUCUUUCCCGCUCUCUCCUCCGUCCCAUGUCCAUGUCCACACCAACAACAACCCGCCUAGCAGCUGUCCACUCCCACCUCCAACAUACGAAUACCCCUCUAACAACCCCUCACCAGACCAGACCAAAAACCACCACAACAAUGUCUUCCCCAACAACCAUGAAAGCAAUCGAAAUCACCCAAACCGGCGGCCCCGAAGUCCUCUCCUACAAAACCGACCACCCCGUCCCGCAACCCGUCGAAGGACAAGUCCUCGUCCAAAACUCCAUCUCCGGAAUCAACUACAUCGACACCUACUUCCGCACCGGCCUGUACCCCUCCCCGAAACCCGAGAUCCUGGGCCGCGAGGGCGUCGGCGCAAUUGUGUCGCUUGGACCCGGCGCAGACAGUUAUGGGUUCAAGGUCGGUGAUCGCGUUGCAUGGCUGGGAACGGGCGGGUAUGCGGAGUAUACUGCUGUGCCUGCGGCGAAGGCGGUGAAGGUUCCGGAGGGGAUUAGCGAUGAGGAUGUCAUGGCUGGUUUUCUGAGUGGAUUGACCGUAUUGACUCUUGUGAAGGAGACGUAUCCUGUGCAGAAGGGAGAGACGGUUCUUGUGCAUGCGGCUGCUGGUGGAGCGGGGUCGCUGAUGGUGCAGGUGCUGAAGAGCAUUGGGGCGAAUGUCAUCGGUACCGCUGGUGGUGAGGUUAAGUGUGCUUUGGCUCAGAGUCUGGGCGCGGAUACGGUCAUCGAUUACCGGGCUGAGGACUGGGUGAGCAAGGUGAAGGAGGUUACUGGGGGUAAGGGUGUGGAUGUUGUUUAUGAUUCUGUGGGCAAGGAUACGUGGGAGGGUGCGUUGGAGGUGAUUAAGAGGAAGGGGACGAUUGUUUGGUUUGGAAAUGCGAGUGGGCCGGUGCCGCCUUUGCCUAUUCAGAAACUCUCGCCCAAAAACCUCAAGGUCGCCCGUCCCCAGCUGUUCGGGUACAUUGAGACUCGCGAAGAGUAUGAGUUCUACACUAAUGAAUUGUUCGCGCUGCUCAAGUCGGGUCAGCUCAAGGUCAAGGUUCACAAUGUGUAUCCGUUGGAGCAGGCUGCGCAGGCUCAUAUCGAUUUGGAGGGACGCAAGACUACCGGCAAGCCUCUUCUGAAGCCGUAA